UCUUUCACACUCGCAGUCCUAGCUCGAUCAGUGUAGUGUAGAUAAGUCACAGAAGUUAGUUAAAAAUCGUUUAUUUAUUGCAUUAUAGAGUAAGUCCUUGUACAAGAUGUGUGGAGAAAUGGGUAAAGCUGUCCUGCGGGCUCUGACGGGAGCGCUGCUCUGUGGUUUGGUUUCCGAUGCUGCUUAUUUAGAGAGUUACGAACCUUAUCCAUUCCAAAUCGGCCACGCCCAAGCCGUUUACCGCAAACCGUUGAGGGAGCAUGAGAAGCCUCAAGAUCUCAAGAACGUACCGGGCGAGCCAGGCGUCGACUACCCCAUCUACCACGCCGUGCCAGAGACCAGCUUCAGCUGCGCUCAUGUGCCAGUCCACCCUGGAAUGUAUGCCAAUGUUGAAACAGGAUGCCAGGUGAGAAUAUUUAAAUAUAUCUAUUAGAUUAAGAACAUACCGGGCGAGCCUGGCGUCGACUAUCCCAUCUACCACGCCGUGCCAGAGACCAGCUUCAGCUGCGCUCAUGUGCCAGUCCACCCUGGAAUGUAUGCCAAUGUUGAAACAGGAUGCCAGGCUUACCACGUGUGCCACGACGGUCGCGAGGGUCACCAGGGCGCGUCGUUCCUGUGCACCAAUGGCACACUGUUCGACCAGGCCAAGUUCGCCUGCGACUGGUGGUACAACGUCGACUGCUCACAGGCCAUCGCUCACUACAAGUUAAACGCAGACCCUCUCAAGAACCCCUACGUGCCGAAGCCGAAGCCUGAAGAGCUGGUAGAAGAGCCCCACGGCGUUUUCUAUAGGAAGAGACACGACUAGAUGCCAUAGCUCAUGUCGUCAUCUUGCCAAAUUAUAUAACUUUAUAAAAUCACCUAAUCAACAGAAAACUAAAGGUGAAUUUCAUCGUAUGUAUAGCGUUACUAAAAGAAAUUUUAGUAAGUUUAAAAAUCGAAUUUAAGUAAAUUAGAAAUCUAAUUAAAGUAAAUUAAAGUCGAAUUUAAUUGCGUUUAUUUAUACUUGUAAUCUAAAGAUUUAGGCUUAUUGUGCCUGCAGUGCACAAAAGAAAGCCGUUAAGAUUAUUUUUUUUUUAAUUCGGAUACUAAUUAAAUUAAAGAAAGAAAAUGUUUUUUAAACUGUGGUAGAAAGUGGAAAAUCGAAUUGUUACUGUAAGAUAACGACUACAAAUAAAAAAAAAUUGUAAAAUAUAUAAUAAUAUGAAUAACCAAAUACCGUUUAAAAGUUUUCAUAUUAUAUUUUUAAAGUUAAUUGAAUAAAAUACAAGCGAGUCAAUUUGAACCUUAGUUUCCUAUUAAGUAAACAGAAUAAUUAUUAUUAUAUGGAAUAGUUUAUCAAGAUGACGACAUACUCAUAUUUCACUAUAACUUAUUUAUAUCGAAAAUGCUCAAAUUCCAUCACCCAUCUCAUUAUCCAUCAUUAACAUAUUGUUCAUUUUCACUCAAUCAUUUAAUUUCGAUAUUUAUUGUUUUAAUCUAUUGUAACUAGUUGUGUGUAAAAUAUUUUUGCACUUUAAAUUUAUGUAAAAUCAAAUCCUAAUUUUUUUGUUCCUAAAUUGAAUAAACUCAUAAAUCAGAAAAGAAAUCAAAUAAUUCAUCUAGUAGGUAUUUAAUAUAAUGUCAUAUAGAGAUAAUAUUACAAUGUAGUAAUUAAUACACGUAGCGGUAAAAGUAAAAGUCAUAAAAUCAUCUACACUUAACAAAACGACAACUGUAACGUUAAGAAGCCAUUAAAAUAGUUACCUUAAA